AUGAGCCUGGGGGGCGCCGGCGUCAGAAUGGAUAGGAUCAAAGCCUCCGAAUCCCGGGCGGAAAGUGCUGCCGACACCCAUGAAUCUCAUAUUUCCAGUUUCGAGUCGCAAGAUCGCGAAAUCGUGGCGCUGCUGAAUGAGGGGUGGUUCGGUCCGAAAGUUGGUAUCGUGUCCCCUCGCCAUCGCACCCUGAGGCCGAAAGACUCGCAUGAUGACAAGCCCCUGCGCGAGCGUCUGGAUGGAGCAACGCCCGCCCACAUAGGCCAGGGAAAACUUCAGUGGUCUCGACUGAAGUCUGUUCAUCCAUCCGAGCUUCUGAAAUCUGAAUUUGAUGACGAGGAGGUGAUCGAAGUCAACUCUGGUGGCCGCGUGCUUUUCUGUUUUUUUGAAUCGGAUUCGGUGGAGAGCUCCAGGGACGUCGCCAUUGCAAAGUUUGGGUCGACGAGGCUGGCCAUGCAGGCUGAGCACUUCGCCAACGAACUGACGCGCCAUUUAGACAUCUCCGCCCCCAUGUGUCGUAUCGUUCGAAAGGAGGGCCCGACUUCAGCCGAGUGGGAAGAUAUUUUCAGUGUGGCGAAAGGCGUUGGUAAGAGGGGAGAAGACCUGGUGGUUGAAAUGGAAGAGAUGCCGUGCAUGCUUCUGAUGGAGUUUGUAAAAGGCAAGCCGCUCUUGGAGGUUGACGAAGCGUUUAAGGAUCCAUACCUGGAAUCGACAAUGCAUGAUUUGGGCCGAGUCUUCCUGCUGGACAUGCUAUUGGGAAACCCGGACAGACUACCCAGCAGGGAUCUGGCGUGGCGCGGCAAUGCUGGGAACCUGCUUUUCGGGUCGUGCGACCAACAGGUGACGAGGAGGGUGGUGGCGAUAGACUCCUGUGUGCCGCGCAAGCCGCCCGUUGGCAAAGCCACAACGGAGGAUGAGGCAGUGCAGAAGAUGGCGGAAUUGAUAAUUCACGACACGGGAGUCGCCCAGGGCGUCUUGCAGCAGGUGGUUCAGGGUGGUAAAGCGGCUGACUCGAUGGCGGGCAGGACUCCAGAUGAAAAUUUGGCACAGAUGUUUCAAGAGGGGCUAAAGACAUGUCUAGGGGGAGUCCUCAAGAUACAGGGUCUCCUGGAGAUGAUGUGCGAUGUCAUCAGCGAGUGGAUCACCGAGUUUCUGAAAGAUAUCGAGGAGUCCACCAUGGAUGCCGAAGGCGCCACUACUGACAACAACCCCAUCAGGACUGCCACUCCACGAGGGCGCUCUCCAACGCCGCCCAGGGGGCCCGCAACACCCCCACCGAUCCCCAUCCCACACGUUCCCACAUCCCCACAGGUCAGCCGGCCCUCGUCCCCCUGCGGGUCACGGACUAGGUCGCCCUCCCCCAUGGCGGGUCGGCCGCCGAGCGCGGGUGCCAGAGCCACGACGCCUCGGGGCGGCAGGGGGGCCGUUUCUGGGCUGAUGGCGUCCGUGACGGUGCGCCUGAAGAAGAUCAAGAAGGACUCGAGGCAGGACGAGAUGCUGGCGGAGAAGGUGCAGCGGUGGAAGGAGGUGUUCAGAUCGAGAGAGGCCGACCUGCGCACCGCCGUGGGCGAGUGGCAGCACCGCCACGGCCUCCACUCCGCGCGCUUCCUGACCACCGGGUUCCUGGACGGCACGCACCCCAUCGUGGACGCCUACGAGCUCAAGAUCCGGCUGGAGCACAUGCUGCGGCGGCUGAGGAUGCUGCAGGACGCCGCCUCCACGGCGCGGCCCAUCUUCGUCGCCCAGCGGGUGUACCUCGGCAACGCGAUGGCCUCCCAGGCCCUCCACACGCUGAAGCACCUGGGAGUGGGCCACAUCGUCAACGCGACAGACGACCUCCUCCUUCCCGACGACGAGUGGGGGUUCGUGUGCAUGAGGGUGGCAAUGGCGGACAACGAGAACGAGGACAUCGAGCGGCACUUUGAGUCUGUGCACCGUUUCAUCAACUCGGCCAGGGAGUCGGGCUCCGGGGUGCUCGUGCAUUGCCACGAGGGCAAGUCGAGGUCGGCGGCGCUUGUGCUUGCGUACCUGCUGAUGGAGAAUAAGUGGACGCUGAAGGACGCUAUGGCGUUUCUCCUGGACCGCCAGCCGAAGGCUUGCCCAAACCCCGGAUUCAUGCAAAGGUUGCUGGACUUGGACGAGCGCCUCAAUGGAAAGAGAAGCCUUAAGGUCAAGAAGAAGAAGCCGGAGGCGAAAGUGUGCCCCUUGUGUUCCGAGGCUGUGGGCAUAUCCGAGGAGAGUCUCAUGGUGCACAUGAGGUCCAAGCACGGUGCCUGA